AUGUCUGUAGUCGAGACCCAGACGGAGGCCCAGAGCCCCCUCGUCAUCAGGCUCCAGAAUGGCCAGACACUCCAUGUCGAAUCGAACGAGGCGGUUGACGCUGACGAGAUACCCAUCAUCGAUGUAGCAGGAAUAUAUAGUGAUAAGCUGGAAGACCGACAGGCUGUGGCAGACCAAGUCCGGGAAGCUGCGCAUCGCAUUGGCUUCUUCUAUGUCGUCAACCACGGCUUUGACCAUACCCUUACAGAGGGAGUAUUUGAGCAAGCCAGGCGCUUCUUUUCACUGCCAAUGGAGAAGAAGAUGGAAGUCGACACAAACCUUCUCCCGAACGAGUACCUGGGCUAUCAUUCCAUGGCAAGUUAUAACAGGAAUGGACGAAAGCACAACGACCUUAGCGAAGCAUUCAACCUCGCUUACGCCUCCGACCAGGACCCGGAAAACCCUGACAAUGAUCGGGGAAGUUCCAUCUGGCCGACCGACCUUCCCGGAUUUCGAGAAGGACUGUACGCUUACCAUACACCGAUGCUUCAGUUCGCGCGCAAGAUGGCCCAGAUUUUCGCUCUCGCGUUACACCUACCAGAGAACUAUUUCGAUAAGUGGACGAGACUGCCCGAGGCCGGGCUUCGGAUCAUCCACUAUCCAGAACAAGAGGCGUCUGUGGAUGACCAGAACGGUAUUGGCGCACACACUGAUUUCGAAUGCUUCACGAUCGUGAACCAGGACAUGUCUGGAGGACUGGAAGUGUUGGGCAAGUCCGGACGAUGGAUCCGCGCAAAGCCCGUCCCCGGUUCAUUCGUAGUCAAUAUCGCCGACUGUUUCAUGAGGCAGACAAACGACUACUUUGUCUCGACUGUCCAUCGGGUCAUCAAUAAAUCUGGAAGAGAGAGGUACUCGAUCCCGUUCUUUUUCGGCAUGGACAGGGACAUGGUGAUGGAGCCAAUUCCUUCCUGCAUCUCGGAGGAAAACCCGGCAAAGUAUCCCGUAAUCACGGCUGGGGAGUACUAUCUCUGGCGCGCGAAGAAGGCGAAGCAGGCUGACGAUACGGAUUAG